UUUCUUUCCUUCUCCACACAUUGUUCUAGAUUUUAGGCUUCAGCAAUGAACAGGAUAGAAAUUUUCCCUUUCCUUAAAGCCUAGCAAAGAGCAAAUAAUCCUGAUUUAAUGGUCUGGGCCAAUUCCUAGGACAGAGAAUGGAAUGAAAUACAGACAGCAUGUGUAAGUAAAUGGAAGACAUGAUGUGAUAUGGUGGGAUAUAAGCAGGAUGCCUUUGAGAAAAUCAGAAAUAAUUGGUAUGCCUGGAGUGGAGAGAGGAUUAAACAUGAGCUAAUUGAUCUGAUCAAAUAAAAGAGUUUGUGGGUCAUGUUAACCAUUUUGAUCUUUAUGUUAACAGAAAGAGGAAACUCUUCAAUUAGAAUAGUGGCACAAGCAGGUUUGAGUCAUAAAAAGAACAAUUCUGGGUAAUGUCAAUGGGAUGGAAGGGAGUGAAAGUAAAUAUGGAGAGACCAGAUUGGUUGUGAUGGUUCAGGUGAGAAAAGUUGAGUGACCUGAAUGAUGGCUGUGGGAUGGGUAGCAGGGUCUAUAUGAGAAGUGAGUAGAAAGGGAGAUUGGUAACAUACGGUAAAUGAGUGACAAGCAUGAAGGGAGUCCUCAGUCUGGCUUGAGUACCUUGUAGGUGGUACUGCCAGUCAUGGAACUACUAGAGCUACUGGGAGUGGAGCACCUACAGGGCAAGGAAGACAAGACUUCAGACAUUUAAGACAGAUUGGUUUCAGAGUGACAGUGAGACACAUAGGGAAGAUGGUCUUCAGGGAACUGAACACCCAUAUCUAUAGCUCAGAUGAGCUAUGUAGGCUGAAUAAAUACAUUUGGGAUUCACUUUCAUAUUUAGGGUAAGUGUAGAAGGAAAACAUUCUGAGGACAACCAACAUUCAAAUGAUGACCGGGAAGGGGGAGCUCUGUAAGGAGUGGGUGAAGGUAUUGCAAGGCAGGCAGGAAGAACAUGAAGCUGAGGUAUCACAAUUAUCAAAAGACAGGAGAGGUUUACAAAGGAAGAAGUGAUCAUUGGUGUUAAAUGUGCUGUCAUCUGAUUCAGAGACUUGGAUGUCACUGGAGACAUUGAUGGGGUAGUUUCAAUAGACCCAGUUGCCACCUGUGCCUUAAUCCUCACUCAUCCAUACAUUUGACAAUAGGCCACAUGCAACAGACAUAUGUUUAUUUCUUAUAUUUGGAUUUUAAGGUCUGUUAUUUUCUUCAUAAAUAUGGUAGCAUCACAGAAUGACAGAAAGGAACCAAACUGUUGUCUCAGAUUUCUUCCUUCUGGGUCUGCCCAUUGAUCCAGAUCAGCGAGACCUGUUCUAUGCCCUGUUUCUGACCAUGUAUGUCACCACCAUCCUGGGGAACCUUCUCAUCAUCGUCCUCAUUCGCCUGGACUCCCACCUCCACACGCCCAUGUAUUUGUUUCUCAGCAAUUUAUCCUUCUCUGACCUUUGCUUCUCGUCUGUCACAAUGCCCAAAUUGCUGCAGAACAUGCAGAGCCAAGUCUCCUCCAUCCCCUAUGCUGGCUGCCUGACCCAGAUGUACUUCUUCCUGUUUUUUGGAGACCUGGAGAGCUUCCUCCUGGUGGCGAUGGCCUAUGACCGCUAUGUGGCCAUCUGCUUCCCUCUGCACUAUACCACCAUCAUGAGCCCCAAGCUCUGUCUCUCCCUGGUGGUGCUGUCCUGGGUGCUGACCAUGUUCCACGCUAUGUUACACACUCUGCUCAUGGCCAGAUUGUGGUUUUGUGCAGACAACACAAUCCCCCACUUUUUCUGUGAUAUGUCUGCUCUGCUGAAACUGGCCUGCUCUGACACUCGUGUUAAUGAAUUGGUGAUAUUUAUCAUGGGAGGGCUCAUUCUUGUCAUCCCGUUCCUGCUCAUCAUCAUAUCUUAUGUGCGGAUUGUAUCCUCCAUCCUCAAGGUCCCUUCUGCUAGGGGCAUCCACAAGGCCUUCUCCACCUGUGGCUCCCACCUCUCUGUGGUGUCUCUCUUUUAUGGGACAAUUAUUGGUCUCUACUUGUGCCCAUCAACUAAUAAUUCUACUGUUAAGGAGACUGUCAUGGCCAUGAUGUACACUGUGGUCACCCCCAUGCUGAACCCUUUCAUCUACAGCCUGAGGAACAGAGACAUGAAGGGAGCCCUAGGAAGAGUCUUUUGGAAAAAUAAAAUAUCUUUCUCUCUAAAGUGGUAACAAUUGAGAUUUUCACAUUAUUUAAUUCGGUGGGUAUAGUAAUAUUGAUAAUGAAAAAUUACUCUUAAUCCAUGUUUUUUCCCUUUCAAUUUUAAACCCUUCAAACUUUUUGUUUGAUAUCAUAUUAGAGGCAAAUAUGAAACUAUGAUGACCACUUAGCUGUUUUGAGGUAGAGUUGGGGGCAGCAAACCAGUCUGUUCUGAGUCCUUAUUUCCCUCUUGCCAGGUGGCAUUGAAGUUUGAAAAUAAGAUUUAUAUACCUUUGUGCAGAAUACCUUAUUCAUUUCAAUUUAGGAAUUUUCUUCUACUUCUUCUUCUCCCCCUUCUGCUCUCCUCC